AUGGCGUCAUUGUGGAAUUUGCUCCGCCGUUGGAACACUACUUUUCAUCCACCUGCGCCACCCAAGACGAACGAUGCACUGCGCUUUGGCAUCUUAGGCGCGGCUAACAUCGCGCCAAUGGCCCUCAUAACCCCGGCCAGAUCACAUCCAGAGGUUGUCAUUCAAGCUGUUGCUGCCCGUGAUCAAGCCAGGGCCAUUGCCUAUGCCAAGAAACACGGGAUUCCCGAUGUCAAGCCCAAUUACCAGGCUAUUAUCGAUGACCCGAACAUCGACUGCGUCUACAUUCCGCUUCCCAACGGUCUGCAUUAUGAAUGGGCCGUCAAAGCUCUAAACGCUGGCAAGCAUGUUCUCCUCGAAAAGCCGGCAGUAUCCAAUGCAAACGAGGCGCGGCAGCUAUUUAAUCUGCCAAUCUUGCAGCAGCCGGAUGCACCCAUAAUUUUGGAGGCUUUCCAUUACCGUUUUCAACCCAGCUGGCAGCUUUUAUUAUCUCUGCUUGAUCAGAAGAACAUCGAACACGCAAUCUCUACGGCUUUCAUCCCCUGGCUCAUGUUUCCUGUCGAUGACAUUCGCUUUCGCUACAGCCUAUCUGGUGGUGCAUUGAUGGACCUAGGUACAUAUUGUAUCAGCACCCUAAGGCAAGCGUUCGGGGCUGAGGCAACAGAGUGCCUAGAGGCUAGGUUUGAAAUGAUCCCUGCACCCGAGCAAUUUGCAGAACACGCGUGGAGUGCUAAAUGGCAAAUGUCAAAUGGCGGUGUGGCCGAAUCUAAAGGCGACCUGCGGGCAGGACUCGGUCAAAUUGGCUUACCCCGAAUCAAAGUAUCACACAAACAAGUCAAGGUCAACGACGCGAGCAUUGAGGAAGGCCAGAAGAAGUUUCAGAGACGAGAAGUUGAGCUUGUCAACUUCAUGAUGGGGGUAUUGUGGCACCGCAUCGACAUCCAGGACGAGUUUGUGAUCAAAGACACGACAACAGGCGAGACGUUGAAGCGUUGGGUGGAAAAGACUUCUCGAAAGGCGUACACCUUCCAAGAGGCGAAACUUGAGGGUGUUGGAGAAGAAUGGUGGUCAACAUACCGUCAUCAGCUCGAGCAGUUUGUCAAUUGUGUCAAAGGGCGAAAGACGAACCAGUGGGUAGAUGGCGAGGACAGCAUCGCACAAGCUGCCAUGAUUGAUAUGACGUACGAUAAAGGGAAGCUUCCGCUGCGAGGAAUUCAAUAA